AUGGCAAAGGUUUGUGUUCCGUAUCGGCAUUCCAAGUACAAGUGUGAUUUUGGAGACGUCCGACUUGUCUUGUUAGACCUUAAGUUGAUUGGGAAAUAUUUGUUGCUGCCAUACUUUCAAAUAGCUAUCAUUGCACCCGACAAGCUCGUCUUUCCGACCGCACCCGUCUUUUCUGCUUCGGCCUCCUCUGAUUCGCGAUCUCACACUCCAGAAGGAGCCUAUGCCUCUCGGGCCUCCAGCCUCUCCGAAGGGGGCCAGGCGUCUCUAGCUAGUCGGCAGCAAGACUUCCACGCCAUGUGCAUGAGGUUCCGUCAUAGCAUGGCGGCCAUGCUUCGUCUGGUAUACCUUGUACUGGCCAACAAAGGUAUACUUUUCGAUCCUGACGAUGUUUCCUUUCCUCGAAGUGCGAAGUCUCAACAAUUGUCUUCUACUACUGAACGGGUGAGGCUAUGA